UUGUAUUAAAAGUACAAUAGUAUAGAAUUUCCAAAACCCUAGCUAGAGUCUCUCUUCUCUCUUUAUUGCUUCUCCAUGGGCGAGUCUAUGAUUAACUCGCUCUUCUCUUUUUUCUCCUCCAUGUGCGAGUAUGUGAUUAAGGUCACGACGCCUAUAAAGAAAAAUAAGAGAAACAUUCGUAAGUUUACAAGGGAGGACCUAGAUGCGUUUCUGAUCUUACUUGAUGGUAAUAGUCUUCCUGCCAAGAAAACUGUCUCUGAGUCUGAGCAGAAGGCUCGUCGUGAGUGGGUUGAAAUACGACUUGCUGCGGCUCAUAUUAUAGAGAAGAAAGUUCGUGCCGAGAAGACUCUUUCUAAGGAGGAUGACUUAUCUGACAAGUCUUCUUCAGAUGAUUCCGUAAAGGCCAAGGCAGAGAGUAGUUCGAAGGAACCUGCGAAGAAACCUGAUAUAACAUCAGAAGAUGAUUCUGAGGAUGAGAAGGAGAGUGAAGAUGAUGAAAAACCUACUAAAGCAGAUACGAAAACUACUAAAAAGGAGAGCACUAAUAGUGAUGAAUAGAUUAUGCUGGAUUGUGAUAAUGUCUUAUAGGUUGCUGUUGAAUAUUUCACUAGGUUGCCUCCAUCUAUUAGUUAAUCAGUUUGCGUUUUAAGUUUCAUUUUAGGCUAUAUUUCUUUAUGUUUUAACGAAUAAUUAAUUACCCUUCUU